AUGUCGACAUCAACCAUGUCAAGAUCGCCGGAAGGCCAGUCACCAAUCUCGCGGCACAAUGGAAAUGGGAAUUCCCAACAUAAAUUUGCUGUCUUUCCUCCUCCAAGGUCGUCUACCCCGAACAGGUCCAAGUCUACGGCAUCAUCGUCACGUAAAAAGGCCAAGACAGUCAAUUCUACCAACUCACAGAGUGACUCUCCAGUAUGGUCAUCCUCUUCGCCUUCUGAGAGCGAACUGCGCGAAACAGCUAACUCACGGGGGCGGGAUGCUCCAUCCUUUCCUCCGCCACCGCCUCCUCCAAUGAGAUCUAUAUUUCCUCGAUAUAACCAUGGCCUGCCUUUAAACCAACAAAAAUAUUAUGCCAAUGCAGGGUCACCUAGGAGUAGCUCGGAUCAAGCACCAUCACGAGUAGAUUAUGGGUCUCUUUCUCCUCCAGCACACUCUUGUGCUGGCUCGUCAUUAUCGUCCCACGAUGGUGUUGUUAUUGCUGCAGUGGAAGCUCUGGAAAAGUUAUGGGGUGCUACUUGUGGUGAGAACUCUGGAUUUGAUACCAACACAUUUCAUAUGAAUAUCAGAAGAAUGGAUUCAUUUACGUAUAACAUCGGCGCCGGUUCUGUGCCUUUCUACACACUCAAGACCGACACAAUUAGUGAUUUUGAACUACAUAAAACGCAUCCAACCAAACCAAAUACCAAAUCACCGAUCGUAACGCUCAGCCUUGAUCAUAUCCAAAACCGUACUAGCGCUACAAUUUCGAUAUUUCCAAAGCUUGCAGAGAUUUUAGCAAGAGAACAGUCAUUAGAACGAGCAAGGCAAAAUCAAUUAUCGCCUGCACAAGCCAUGGAAGUCGAAAAUGAUGCAGUGAGCCAAAUAAGGGCGAAAGAAACGUGUCUUUUCGAGUGGCAGGAUGCCCAAACCCGGUAUAAGCUACAUUACCAGGCUAUGAUGAGUUCCUCUCCACAUACUCCUGGAAGUAGCCCCCUGUCAACUCGGUCGAGUGCGCCCAUAGGUUUAAUCAACGCAUCAGUAUCGAACUCGCUGCCUUCCUACGGAGGACCAUCAUAUGGCCCCACGAUUCUUCUAUCUGCCCCUAGCGACGGGUCAUCAUCAAGGAAUACCGACACACCAUUGGUAGCUGUAGACUUGGAACACAUGACACUUACCAUCUUUGCAAACGACAUUCUCUCUACAGUACCGUCCUUGCACAGCAUCGAUACACUAGUUGCUGCCAUCCUUACCGUAACUAUUUCAAACGAAACUACCAAACAAGUCCUUGAAAACAUCGAUAUCUACGCUCCGAAACCCGAAGAGUUCCCCGACCCAUAUCGACCACCAACUCCAAACCCGGCCACUAUCCUUGCGAACCACAACAUUACCAACAGCAAUGACAAUGUCAGUGCCAGUGCCAAUGCCCAAAACAAGCGUUCCGCUCCCGGAGAAGAAUCUCGCUAUUUCACACCAACGGGAAAACAAAUAUUCACCACCCAAGCUGAACGCGAAGAGUUCGAACAGGAGGCAGAACUAAUGUCUCAGAUCAAACAAAAAGGGAAGAAGGCGAAGAGAAACCCGUCAAAAUCAUCCUUCACCUCGUCAUGGACAUGGCCUUGGAAGAGGGAACCUGAAGUCGAAGAAAUAGACCUGGAAGCUGGUAUUGGUAGAACCCCCAAGGCAGCAGCUGUAAAGCAGCAGGGGGAAACGGAAGGGACUCCAACAACCAAGCAGAAGAAGAAGAAUCCCGCCCUUGUGGUUGAAGGGAUUGAUGUUGAGCGCUAUGGACGCUAUGCGGAUGGUACGCCGCGUGCAGGGGAGAAAUUACCAGGGCCAACCCGCGCUGCGCUGCGGGCGUUAUUCUGGGUUUUCUCUCUGGUAAUGUGGUGUCUUACUGCGUGUGUGAAGGCCCUGGCCUGGAUGCUUGUUAGCCUCUCACAGUGCGGAAGUAGCAAAAAGGGUUGA